CUGUCGCCGUCUGUACACCGCGGAGGGUCGAGCAGCAGUCGGCGUCCCCGCGCGCCUCUAAUGUGUCAGCGCCAAACAGCAGGAAAAAAAACUUCGGCAAAAAUGGCGGAGGGUGCAACGUCUCUGAAAGGGUUGCGGGCUCAAAUGGCUGCAGCUGCGCAGGCGCAGGCAGAGGAACGGCGCAGCCAGGCAGGAAACAGCCCAACGCCAGCAGCUCCAGCCAGCACACUGAAGAGCCAGACAAAGCCAGUCAUUGAUGGGGCAGCCCUGAGGAUAGACGACAAACUCAGAGUGGCCAAAGAGAGGAGAGAAGAGCAGGAAAAGCAACAUGCGGCCCGUGAGUCUCAGCUCCUGGAGCGAGAGCGCAAAGCCCGGCUGCAGGUGGAGAAACAAAUGGAAGAGAGACAGAAGAAGGUGGAAGAGCAGCGCAGGAAGGAGGAACAGAGGAGAGCUGCAGUGGAGGAGAAAAGGAAACAGAAAUUAGAGGAAGAAAAGGAGCACUAUGAGGCUGUGAUGAGACGUACCCUGGAGCGCAGCCAGCGAGUAGAGCAGAGACAGAAGAGAUGGUCCUGGGGUGGACUUUCAGACUCUGAAAACAAAAAUGGACAAAGUGACAGUGGCUCCACCUCCUCCCCGAUUGCUAUAGUAAUCUCCCCUGCUUCUCCAGCUACCAAGCCACCCAGGAAUCAGACGUCACAAGACAAGCGCUCUUCCUCUACUACGAACCUGAAACAGACUGACUCAGUCAUCAGCAAGCGUCUCUCCUCAUCCUCAGCCACCCUCCUUAAUUCUCCCGAUAAAAGUGCAAAGCGGAGAAGUUCGUCUUUGAACCGGUUGCCUAGCAAUGUUCCUCAGGCCUCUAAAGAAGCGCAUAAGCAGCCUCAGGUGGAAAAGACAGGCCCAAUCCUGAAGAAGCGAAGCGCCUCUCUUUCUCGAGUAGGGGCUAAAACACAGCCCAUCACCAAACCAGAGAAAUCGACAGCAGAUGAAUCAGCUCGCCGCUCGUUGGCUGCCCCCAUGGAUAGCAGUGUCCUCAGUCGGCUGCUCACACCCACCCAGGCCUCGCUAGCUAGAAGCAAGAGUGCCGCGGCCCUGUCCGCCGAAGGAGGCGACGCCCAAGCAUCUGCCAGCCCCAUGCAGACCCCGGCCCGCGGACCCAUACGCAGUCGCAGCAGCGAUCGAAAGAAAGGCCCGCCUACUUCUGUGUCCGCAGAUGCCAUUUCCAGUAUGACACAGAAAGCUGAAAAGGAGAAACGCUUCACGUCACCAGUAGGAAAACGCCCUGCCUCGCCCUCUAAUCGUCACCGAUCGCCGUCUCCUUCUCCUGCUGCUAACACCACCCCAAGAGCGCCCUCACCUGGAUCAGCCAAGCAGAGUCCUCGCUUCCGCCCUCCGUCCCCCAGUGGUUUGAAACAGCGGCCUCCAUCCCCUCAGCCCUCUGCCACAUCCAAACCUCCACCCAUACAGAAACCUGCUCUCACCCCCACUGGCCCACCUACCCUUCGCAAGAGGGACUCCAAGCCAAAGGAUAUGUCUCCCAUGAUACCUGUCACCCCACAGUCUCCAGAAACCAGCACACCCAGCCCAACACCCACACCCAAGACCAAAGAGGAAUCCAGUUCCAAAGCUAUCGCAGGAACCAACUCAGCUGCAGAGGCCUCCAAGAUCCUGGCGGAGAACCGACGUCUGGCGCGCGAACAGAAAGAGAAAGAAGAGCAACUCCGCAUACAGAAAGAAGAAGAGGAGAGGCUUAGGAAAGAGGAGGAGAAGCGGCUGGCGGAAGAGGAGCGCUUGAGGCGUGCAGAGGAGGAGAAGAGGCUUGCGGAGGAGAGGAAGAGAGAAGAGGAGGAGCAGGCUCGUAUAGCAGAGGAGGAGAGACAGCGAAUGGAGCUGGAGGAGCAGCAAAGACAGGUUGAGCUACAGAAAGAGCGUGAGGAGGCUGAAGCAAAGGCCCAAGAGGAGGCAGAGAGGCUGCGUCAGGAGAGAGCACGCAUUUUGGAACAGAACCAGCAGGAGCGCAUGGAGAGAAAGAAGAGAAUUGAAGAAAUUAUGAAGAGAACCAGAAAAACAGACCAAAUCGAUUUUAAGGGUAAUGAUGAGAGAGACAUUUCUGAUGAAAACGGAGAGGAGGCUGAGGACCAAAUAGACUGUGAAAAUAAAGAAAAUCAAGAUUUUGAAUCAGAGCAGAAUGUCAAGCAGACAGAGUCAUCAGACUCUCAGGAGCAUCAUUUACCUGUGGAGGAGCCAGUCACAGAGCAAGAGGAGCCAGCUGUUAGUAUGAACACACAAACAGAUGUAGACAAUAAAGAGAACAGCAAUGGACCCAGCACAGAGGAUCCCUCAGUAGACAGCAGCCCCCCUCCCAAGUCCUGUCUAAUGGAGGGCUCAGAGUUUGUGAACGAGGACUCUAAAGUGAACCUGGUACCAGGGUUGAAUGGUAAAGGAGGAUCCUGGAGCUUCGAGGAGCUGAUCGAUCUUGGUGUUCAUGCGAAGAGCAAACCCCUAAUGGACGACGGGAGCCCUGAAGGGCCUAGAGUGGCCUUUGAAGAGAAAACCAGCUCCAUUCAUCCAGCCCAGUCUAUUGAAGCCCUGUCCGAAAUGUGAACGCGCAGAUCUGUUUAAGGCCUGCUGAUUAUUGCACUCCGUGAGUCACGUCCAGCAGAGCCUCAGAGUGUCAGCGCUCGUACUCGUCUGGACAGCCAGGGAAAGCGCACAGUGCCGCACAGCCUCCGCAGAUAACAGACGGAUAAAGCAAGAGAAAAUAGACAAGAUGGAAGUAACAAAUGCUUCAGGGAAAAUGGUAGAUUCCUUCAGUGUGCUUGCUUCGUUUAUAAUAUUGACAUCAGGUUUUUUUUUUUCAUACAUUUCAUAAUGUUUUGUUUGUUCAUCUUUUAAAUGUGGAGACAACUUAUUUAUUCACAUGGCUUCUUCACAUUUAAAAGGCUGCUGUCUCUUGACGGUUACCAUGUGCACUUCCAGGUGUUCACGUGGCACAAAUUCGUUAUAGCUUCAACUUAAGCAUUUUGUUGAAUAAUCUGGUUGGUCGAGUUAGCAUGAAGCGUUUUGAAAAAGCAAACCCUCUCAUAUCUUCAGCUGACAUUGGUUCACAGACGUCAUAAUUAAAACCCUGUGUCUGAAGUGUUGAGCGGAGCUCAGGAAUGUGACCCAAAUGGGAACCCGUCAUAGAAACAUGAGGUUAGACAGGCUGCUUUCCAGUUCUGAUGUGCGACUUCGGGAUAUUUUCCUCUAAGCUUCUGUUUCCUCUCCAAAGGUGUAAACAUCACCACUGUAUAGUGUUUAACACUAUGUCCCGUGCAACACCUUAAACAUUCCUACUGUGUAACACUUGUAGAUAGAUACCAGACUGAUUCUAAUUAAUAUUGAGUGCAAAUGUGAUUGAAGGAUGGAGCUCAAUGCACACUUGAGGUUUUUGUCAUUCGUAUCUGUUCUGUAGUAAAUGUAUUGUUGAUAUCCUGUUCUACCUGUAUAUAAAUGACUAGUUAUCAAAUAUCUAAUUUAAGUGACCCUCAAUAUGUCUGCAUGCAUUUGUCUGCUACUAUAUUACACAGACUCUCACUUGCACACUUUCUGCAUGUUUCUGUUCCCUGGAGUUUGAAGAAAUGUGUUCCAGUGGCUAAACUUGAAUUAUUUCAUGUUCUCCAAUGCCCAAAGUCCCCUCAGGGUUAUACUGUACUAUCAGGUCCUGAUGUUUUUUUUUUUUU